AGCUGGGAAGCCACCCAUGCGCUGACGUCACGGGGCUCUGACAAGCUGGUGGUGCCGGAAGAAAAGAUGGCGGAUCAUGAGGAGCAGCUAUCCGACGAGGAAAAGGUACGCAUAGCAGCUAACUUUGUCAUCCAUGCCCCGCCAGGAGAGUUCAACGAAGUAUUCAAUGAUGUGCGAUUGCUGCUCAACAAUGACAAUCUUCUCAGGGAGGGUGCAGCACAUGCUUUUGCACAGUACAACUUGGACCAGUUUACUCCAGUGAAAGUUGAGGGCUACGAAGAACAGGUCUUAAUUACAGAGCAUGGUGACCUCGGGAAUGGCCGGGUCCUGGACCCAAAGAAUAAGAUCUCCUUCAAGUUUGACCACUUGAGGAAGGAGGCCAGCGACCCACGCCCACAUGAUGUUGACGGCUCCAUGGAAGGCUGGAGGAGCGCCGUGGACUCUGCCGUCAGGGCCUACGUCAAGGAGCACUAUCCCAAUGGAGUGUGCACCAUUUAUGGAAAAACCAUCGACGGGCAUCAAACCAUCAUCGUGUGCAUUGAGUGCCAUCAGUUUCAACCCAAAAAUUUCUGGAAUGGACGCUGGAGGUCAGAGUGGAAGUUCACCAUCUCUCCCUCCACCACUCAGGUGGCAGGAAUCAUGAAAAUCCAGGUUCAUUACUAUGAGGAUGGAAACGUUCAGCUGGUGAGCCACAAAGAGGUUCAGGAGUCCAUGUCUGUUUCUAACGAGGCUUCAACUGCUAAGGAGUUUGUUAAGAUCAUGGAAGCUGCAGAGAAUGACUAUCAGACGGCCAUUAACGAGAAUUACCAGACCAUGUCGGACACUACCUUCAAAGCCUUACGCCGCCAGCUUCCUGUGACACGCACCAAGAUCGAUUGGAACAAGAUCCUGAGCUACAAGAUUGGCAAGGAGAUGCAAAAUGCUUAAAAAGAAGAAAAAAAACAGCAGAGAAGAAAACAGACAGAUCCCCUUAACCCCUCACCCCCUCCCAAACAAUGUUGCAUGACUGGAUAGUUGUAUCGUCUUUGUACAAAAAUUAGAGAAAACAGGGGCAAAGAAGGGUUUGGUCUCACAGCCAGAAGUUGUCCCAUACAUGGCUACCUUUCUUUACAUGCACUGUAUUAUUGGAUCCAUGAUGAGAAAAGUUUAGUAUAUUUGGGGAAAAAUGAAAACCAAAAUCUAGAGGAAAUAUCGGAAGACAUAGGAAAAAAAA